GGGCCCAAUCUCUCGCAUUGAUUAUUCCAUUGUGUUGGAAGGCAGCCGCCGCCGCCGCCGCGGAGGAGGAGGAGGAGGAGGAGCGUCAAUCAAUGGGGAAGCCCCGGCGCGGCGAACCCCAUCGAUUUUUGCCAGCCUGAGCCCAGCGGAGGAAGGAAGGAAGGAAGGAAAGAAGGAAGGAAAGGAGGAGGGGAGGAGAAGAGGAGGAGGAGGAGAAGAGGAGGAAGAGCAGCGCCCCCGACCGACUGAGCGAGCGAGCGAGCGAGCCCCCUCCUGGGCUGGUCCCCCGGCUGGCUGGCUGGCUCCCUCUCUCCCCUCUCUCCCUCUCUCUCUCUCUCUCUCUCGCCUCUCUUCCCGCGGAGGUGGUCUCGGCUCCUGUGCUGAGAUGACCCCCCCGCGCCCCUCGUGCCCGCACCGCCAUGGACGCCUCCUCUAAUCCUGCCUCCUCCUGCUCCUCCACUGCUGUCCCUCCAGUCGACGGGCAGGAUGACAGGGCCACGUUUCGGCCCCCUCAGGGCUCUCCUGCCUCUCCAGCCACCAAAGAACCCCCCCUCCUCCUCGCGGACCCUUCCUCCUCCGCCUCCCCUUCUCCUGACGAAACCAUGAGGCCCUGCUCCACUUCCCAAGCAACGCUUGGCUCCGCGAAGCUCCCGGCAGCUAUCUUGCCCGCCCCACAGCUCCACGCGGACUGUGGCCCGGCGACACGUAACCAGUCCCCCUUCCCACAAGCAACGUCCCCUGAAGAAGAAGAAGAAGGGGGAAAGCAAGAAGCAGAAGGUGGAGAUGAAGCAGAAGAUGGUGGACGCGAGGCCCAGCUCUUCUUCUCCGCCGAAGGCUCGGCCUAUCUCCUCAAUGGCGGCCACGUUCUCUUACCAAAGGGCUCCCCUAGCACCACGGCUCCCCCAGUGUCCAUCCUCCACAUCCAGCGCGGUGGAGGCCCUAACCAAGGCUUUAUGUCUACUGACCAAAUGUCCCAGAAUACCUCAGCGCCAGGCGAGUGGACUCCUCAUGGCGCCUUCUACAGUUACCGACUGACCGGGCAUGCCGCUCGAACCACGUCUGCCAAAAACGCUCCCACCAAACCCAAAGAUGCCCCCACCGCCCAUGGGGAGGAUGAGGAAAACCCCAAAGGGGAAGCCAGCCUUGGCCAAGAAGAGGAGCUACCAGGGACGCCCAUCUGGCUUUGCCUAAUAUGCCGCCUCUCUUUUCGUCAGGGUCGCUCUUUGGCAACUCAUGCCCAUGCAGCCCAUGCGGUGCAGCUGAGCACCAACGAAUGCCAGGCCCUGUCCAGAGAGGCUUCUGCUGUGUUCCAGGGUACCACACUUGGCUUCCUAGAACCAAAUAACCCCACCAUCAGGGCAGACCUCGAUGCCAGAAUGUGUAGCAGAUGGGUGAAUGUAACGGAAGAGAAGGAAGAGGAGAAGGAAGAGACAAAGAGCCCAGAAAGUCAGUGUGAGCCACCUGAUGCCAAAGAUUCAAGGGUCGGCGGCGAGCACGGGGCCAAGGGGGGCACGGAGGAGGACAAACCAGAAGAAGAAGAGAAGGAGGAGAAGGAGGAGGCAGGAACAGCAUUGGCAGCUGAAAACCACAAAGAAGAGGACAGACUUCUUCCAGACCAAAGCUCAAAUGGCCAAAGCCCACCCAUGGGUGCCAACACCCUCCUCUCAGAAACACCUUUGAUGAAGGACAACGCCUCUGACACAAUUGCAAGUAUUGGGUUACUUAAGGAAGAAGUCAGCAUGGAGUUUGCCAAUAAACCUGCAGAGUUUGGGUCAACCAAGGAGGUCACCCAUGCGGAAUUAGCUGACGAAGAAGUCAGCGACACCGGAGCAACCACCAAAAUUAGUAACAGCCUAGCCAAUGACACCGAUGCCAGUGGAACUGGGUUGGUCCAAAAUAUUGCAACAGAUGACUUGGUCCUCCCUGCCAGCAGUGUUGGGCUGGCCAAUGAUAUUUCUAGCAUUGGCUUUGAAAUCAACAAUGGGAUAAGCAACAACAGUCACAAUGGAGGACCCAGCCUUUCCUUUGGUGAGGAUUUUACCACCAUGGCCUACUCUGGGUUGAGCUUAUCUGGCCACAUGUCCCUGCUGCAUUCGCGCAACUCCUGCAAGACUCUUAAAUGUCCCAAGUGCAACUGGCAUUACAAGUACCAGCAAACCUUGGACGUGCACAUGAAAGAGAAACACCCGGAGAACAACAGCCAUUGUUCGUACUGCAGCACUGGGGGGGCACAUCCCCGCCUGGCCAGGGGUGAAAGCUACAACUGUGGCUACAAACCCUAUCGUUGUGAGGCCUGUAACUAUUCCACCACCACCAAGGGCAACCUCAGCAUCCACAUGCAGUCCGAUAAGCAUUUAGCCAACCUGCAGGGCUACCAGGCCACGGGAGGAGGCGGGACCCCUUCGGUGGUGGCGCCCCCGCCGGUGGCCCCUUCCCCAUCUUCCCCCGAUGAGAAGGAAUCAAAAGGCAAAUCCUCCUGGCAAUGCAAGGUCUGCAGCUAUGAGACUAACAUCUCUCGCAACCUGCGGAUCCACAUGACGUCCGAAAAGCACAUGCAGAACAUGCUCUUGCUCCAUCAGGGGUUGCCCUUGGCCUUGCCGGGGCUACUGGGGCAACCCCAGGCCCCACCCGGAGGCAAAGCACAGACCGAGCUCUUCCAGUUCUACGGGGCACAGACCCUCGGGCAUUCCCAUCACCCACAUUCCCAUCAUGCUCAUGCCGGGGGCAACCCAGGCCUGCGAAGCGAUAAGCCCAUGGAGCAAACCCAACUCUUGCUCAACGGAGGCUUCACACACCUCAGUGCAGCUGGCAGGAAGAUAGCCGCCUUGGGGUCAGCCCCUGCAUCGCUCUCUCCGGAAACCACCACGCCUUCCCCAUUGCCACCCCAUUCUGGAUCGGACCUGGCAGUCCCCCAGAGAUUGUUUGGCUGCCUGGUGUGCCAAGCGUUCAGCACCGAUAGCCUGGAAGCGCUAUUACGCCAUGCUUCCGUACCACGCUCCCUGCCCGAGGCUGAGUGGAAGGAGGUGUCCGGCGACUUACACCGAUGCAGGCUCUGCGCGUAUGGCACCCAGCUGAAGGCAAACUUUCAGCUCCAUCUCAAGACAGACAAGCAUGCCUUGAAGUACCAACUGGCAGCCCACCUGCGAGAAGGGGGCAAUGUUGGAGCACAUCUGGGGGCAGACCUUCCGCUUGGCCCGCCCCUUCAUUUGCAUUGCAACCUCUGUGAAUAUGAGACCAACAGCAAGGAGAAGAUGCGGUUGCAUGUGGCUGGCGCUGGGCACCAGGAGGCACUGCAAGGUUACAAGUUCCUUCUGGAAAUGGAGGCGACGUCGGCUCCAUCCACAGCAGGACCCGAAUCGGCCCAAUUCCACUGCCUCCUCUGUAACACGGAUGCUCCGAACCGCCUAAUGAUGAUCCAACACCUUCGCUCCCCCCAACAUCGGGAUGCCCAUGGCCAGUGGCGCCUCCAGCUUCUUCAGAAUGGUGAAAAUGCUCCGGGCCUGGAGAGAUACAUCUGCUUUGCUCCUGUGAACUCCACCAGUAGUGAGCCUGCAGGUCGGCCAUUGAAGGCAACACAGACGCCCACGUCCAUCAGUGGCGGGAAGGAAACCACACCUGACAUCUCAUCCCCUGAAAAAGAAUUGCAGAGUCAAAAUCGGACGCCUGGUUCCAGUGGAGCUGAAACAAAAGCUGGAGGUGUGGGCGAUACUACUGUGUUCUGCUGUCCAUACUGCAACUAUGUCGACCAGUCCACCGAAGCUGUGCGGGCCCACACCAUUUCCCAGCAUGCUGUGCAGCCCAAGUUCCGUUGCCCACUGUGCCAGGAGCAGCUGGUGGGCCGCACCAACCUCCACUUUCACCUCAGUCACAUUCACAAUGUGGUGCCUGAAUGUGUAGAAAAGCUGCUGCUGGUGGCCACCACAGUGGAAAUGACCUUUGCCACCAAAGUUAUUCCUGGCCGCAGCAUCUCUCCUGAUCCACCAAAGUCAAGUGGGACACCCAGCUCAGAGCAAGGGCCUGGAAAUGAACCCAAGAGUCCCCUUGUUGCACCAACUGUGCAGGAGAAGACCCCUCCAGCUCCUGUGCUUUGCCCUGGAUCCCCUCCUGCUCCUGCCUCUUCCCCUGCUUUACCUGCAGAUCCACUAGAAAAACCACCUCCCGUCUCUUCACCACCACCUCCACCACCUCCACCUCCUCCUCCUCCACCACCUCCUCCAGUUGUUCCUCCAGAACCUGAAGAUGAAGACCCUUCUCGGUCAAAUGCUUCACCUGAGGAGCAGCUGCUGCCAUUGCAGGUUCAAUCUGAAAUUCCUGAUGUCUCGCUGCUUACUCCUCUCAGCCAAGAUCCCCGGCAUCCCCUUUCCUACCGCAAGGCAACCAAUUUUGCCUUAGAUAAGUUCUUAGAUCCUGCCCGUCCAUACAAAUGUACGGUAUGCAAGGAAUCCUUCACUCAGAAGAACAUUCUCUUGGUGCACUACAACUCUGUCUCCCACCUACACAAGAUGAAGAAGGCCUCGGCCGAUCCUUCAGCGCCAUCCCGGGGUGAGUCGGGCACACCAGGGGCUCUCCAGCCAUCCUCAGACAAGCCCUACAAGUGUACCACUUGCCGGGUCUCGUACAAUCAAAGUUCUACUUUGGAGAUCCACAUGAGGUCAGUUCUGCACCAGACCCGGUCCCGUGUAGCCAAGAUGGAAGCUGCUGGCAAAGCAGAACUGCCGCCCACUGAAUCAGAACACCUAAAUGAGACACCAUUGGAAACCGAGGUCCCCAACUGCGUGCAGGUACCAGCACUUCCAUUUUUGGCACCAUCUACAGCAGAACUACAACGUUUCCCCACACCCAUAUUUACACCACCGCUGCUUCCACCCUUUCCAUUGGUACCAGAGUCUCUCUUAAAACUCCAGCAGCAGCAGCAACUCCUGCUACCCUUUUAUUUACAUGAUCUGAAGGUGGCCCCUAAGCUGGCUUUGGCAGCCCCAGCACUGACUCUCCCAACCACCCCACCUGUGUUGCUGCCAUCCAUGCCAACCAAGGAAGAGCAAGCACCAGCCACUGCCAACAACCCUAAACCUGAACCAACUGAAGAAGCUGAAGUGGAGGAGGUGGAGGGGAGUCAGCCAGGAAAUGAGGCAUCCCGCACAGCAGCCAAAGCCCUUCUGGAAAAUUUUGGCUUUGAGCUUGUCAUCCAGUACAACGAAGGCAAGCAGCCUGCCACAGUUGCUCCAGCCAUUGCCCCACGUCCUCCAGUGGCCAAGCUGCAAUGUGGUACAUGUGGGAAACAGUUCUCCAACAUGCUGAUCCUAAAAACACAUGAAGAGCAUGUCCAUCGGCGGUUCCUUCCUUUUGAGGCACUUAAUCGCUAUGCUGUGCAGUUUCGGAAAAGUUAUGACAGCAUGUAUCCGCCCCUGCCUCCAGUACUACCCAUUGAAACUACCACCGCUACUUCUUCUUCCGCCACUACAACCACUGCAAACACCACCCCAACAGAGACUAACACAGUCACUGUUACGCCAGCUCCCAUACCCCAGGAGAUUCCCUCCCUCUGUCCUCCUUUUAUAAUGCAACCCAUGCCUGUGGUGGUCCCACAACCAGAAGUUGAAACCCCCCGUGUGUCUCCUGAACACUUGAAGUCUCUAUGGUUUCGAGGGGAAGAGGAGCAAGGUGGCAGUGCCUCUGCAGUGCUGGAUCCAUCUCGGACAAGUUUCCCAACAACCCGGCGCUUUUCUCGUACCAAAUUCACUGAGUUCCAGUCUCAGGCUUUGCAGUCCUUCUUUGAGUCCAGUGCUUACCCAAAAGAUGGGGAGGUUGAGCGACUGUCAGCACUCUUGGGCUUGCCCAAUCGCGUCAUUGUGGUUUGGUUCCAAAAUGCCCGCCAGAAGGCCCGAAAGUGUGGAGGUGAAGCUGGCAUGGUCAGUGGAAGUCUUAACACACAGCCUACCUGCAAGAAGUGCCGGAUAUCCUUCCGCUGCAUCUUUGAGCUUGUGCGCCACCUCAAAAAAUGCUACAAUGACCAGCCUGCAGAAGGAGAUGGAUAUGGAGUGGAGGAAGAUAAUGAGGGCCCUGAGAAUGAAGAACAGGAGGAGGAAGAGGAAGAGGAAGAUGAAAAGGAAAAGGAAAAGGAAAAAGAAAAAGAAAAGCAGGAGCCUUCAGGUACAGAGGGGGAAACUAAGACAGAUGAUACAGAAGAAAAAGUCCCAGAGGAGGAACAGCCAACCCCAGCCGAUCUACCAGAAGUUUCAAGCAACCAUAUGUGUGAUCAGUGCCCAGCUACUUUUUCAAGCACUGACCUUUUAAGUGUCCACCGUACCAGUCAUAUGCCAGCAACUGCUCCUCCUCCAUCUACCAGUGGCCCUCCCCCUUCCCUAGAUUUGCCACCCCUAGCUUAUUGCGAACGUACCGCCUACCCAGAUUCAUCUCGGGCACAAAAGCGGAAGCAUGAGGAUGGGAGUUUGUCACCCACGGGGAGUGAAUGUGCCAGUAUGGCAGGUGGGGAUAGCGAGCCCCCCCGGGACAAGCGCCUGCGCACCACCAUUUUGCCAGAGCAGUUGGAGAUUCUGUUCCGCUGGUACAUGCAGGACUCCAAUCCAACUCGGAAGAUGCUCGACUGUAUUUCUGAAGAAGUUGGGCUCAAAAAGAGGGUAGUCCAAGUGUGGUUCCAGAAUACAAGAGCCCGUGAGAGGAAGGGCCAAUUUCGGUGUAACACCAGCACCACUAUUCCAAACAGUAAGCCUUCACCAGCGCUCCCCACUGCUUUCCCAAAAUUCAGCCCUUCACCACGAGAUCCAUCUACCCAUUAUGGAGCUUCGUUCACCUCCAGCCUCCCUGUGGUGAGCUUGCAGCUGCCACUAGCCAAGCCCGAAGUUCCUGCUGAUCUAAACAUACCGGAAGAAGCAGCCGAAGAAGAGAUGCCCAAGGAGAAUGAAGAUCGGAGCCUGUCAGGAGGGGAGCUAAGUGACUCGUCCUCAUCCUCAUCCUCAUUGACUGAUCUGGAUUUCUCCAGUAGCCGGCGGAGUCGAGGAAUGGAUGGUGGUUCUGGAGGAAUGCAUGACUCUUUGGGCCAGCGCCGGUAUCGGACACAGAUGUCCAGCGUCCAGUUGAAGAUCAUGAAGGCUUGCUACGAGGCCUAUCGAACUCCCACCAUGCAGGAGUGUGAGGUGUUAGGUGAGGAGAUAGGGUUGCCCAAGCGGGUAAUCCAGGUCUGGUUUCAGAAUGCCAGGGCAAAGGAGAAAAAGGCUAAAGCAGCCACUGGUGAUGAAGGCCCCCCCAAUGCUCAGGCUCAGUCUGAGUGCUCCUACUGUGAAAUCAAGUAUGAUUUUUAUGUGUCUUGCCGUGGACACCUCUUCUCCAGGGGCCAUCUUGCCCGCCUCAAGGAAGCUAUCAAGGCCCAGCUCAAGAAUGAGAGCAAGUGCUAUGAGUUUGUGCCAGACAAAGGGACACCAUCUCCAACCAGGUUGGGCACCUCAGUGCCUCCCACCACCGUGUCAUCUUCCCUGGGAAGCAUGGCACCCUUUGUGCCAGGUCCAUCUCCUUCCUCUGGAGUUCUGAGCAACCCUUUGGCCGCCAGCCAGCCAGGCCCUCCCUUACCUCAACAUCUUACUCCAGAACCGGCUCAGCUUGGUCCUGCAACAGAGCCUGCUCCUGUUCCUGAGGCUGCCCCAAGUGACACCCAGGCAGACCCCUCUUCAAAUCUAGCCCAGGAACCCUCCUUGUCCUCCACUGCCACACUGAAGAACCUCAAGACGUUAAAGGCUGCCGUGCCAGCUCUCUUGGGUGGCCAGUUCCUGCCUUUCCCUUUGCCGGCAGCCACAGCCGCAGCCCCCUCAUUGUUUGGUGCCCAGCUGCCUGGGGCUUACUUCCAGCAGCUUUAUGGCAUGAAGAAGGGGCUCUUUCCCAUGAAUCCUGUCAUACCUCAGACACUUAUGGGGCUGCUGCCCAGCCCCCUGCUCCCAACGCCCACGCCUGAGCCACCUGUGGAGGUAUCAGAGGCCCCUGGCAUCUCUACGGUUGACGUGACUCACCAGUACCUUUGUCGCCAGUGCAAGGCAGCCUUUGAGAAUGAAGGGGCAGCUGCUGCCCACCAGGCUGCUUUCUGCUACUUUGGGCGCCAGCCCCCAGCUGCCCCACCUCCUCUGCGGGUGCCCGUGUGCACCUACCACUGCCUGGCCUGUGAGGUGCUUGUGAGUGGACGUGAGGCGCUGGGGGCCCACCUGCGCUCCAGCGCUCACCGGCGCAAGGCCGGAUCCAACGCAGCAACCGCAUCGGUGUUUGCCAAAGAGGAAUCCAAAUUACCUCACUCGGACUCCAACCCAAAAAGUAACGCUACCUCUACGACACUACUAGCUUUAUAGAGAUGGAUGCUACACUGCCACCAUUGAGAGAGAAUGACUAAUGAACCAGCUAGUGGUGGGGUGGACACCACUCAAGUGCCACCCCUGCCCAAACCCAAUAACCCUCACGCAAAACCCAACUCAACCUCUCCCUUUUCUUACUGCCAGCAAGGAAGAGCAAACAGCACAUACAAGAGAUAGAAGCCCACCAACUACUCGAGCUGAUCCCAGUCAAUCACACUCACCUCAGACCCCACUCUUUGUUCCAAAGUGUGCACAUCUUGUGCAGCUCAUUUUGAAGGAUUGUCACCGGUCCUUGAGGUGAACAGGAAUGCAGUCUGUCCAUAUAGAACUGCCUUGUGCUCUUUCUAUGGUGUAGGAUUGGCUUGGAUGAAGGAAAUGGGACUCCUUGCUGGAGGGCACUUCCCAGCAUUCCUCACUACCAGCUGUGCUGGCCAGGGUCGCUGGGAUUUGCCUGUCCAACAACUCCAAAACGGCUGCAUGAAUGCCAAUCCUGGUAUAGAAUAUGGAAGUUAUUUUCCUUGACCUAAGCAAAUCCUUUUGACACACUGCCCACACCAACUCACAUAUCCUUGCCAACUAAACUAAUCUGCCCUAUCCUAUAUACUAUCCCAUGUGUCACUUGAGCCUGAUUCCCUACCUCUCCAACUAACCUGCCUCCCAAAACUGGAUCCUACUUGGACCGCCAGAGCUGACCCAAUCCAGCAUGGAUGCCAGCUCUCAUCCAUUCCCUCUCGCUUAUCAGUGUAUAUUCCAGAGUCUUCCAUCUCCUGUGGCAUACACAUGUACCUCAUGUGAGAGUUGCUUAUUGUUCAGGACUCCCAUUGCAUCUUAGAAGAACUUUUCGAUAUUUCUGCCAAGAUCUCAAGAUGACCCCUGCCAUUUUACGCUCACAUGUUCCCUAUACCUAGGGCUUCUCACCUGUAGGUGAGUCCUCCCUACACCUUUUGUAUUCCCAGGCUGCCCCAUCCCUCCUCACAUCAAUGGAAAUGCUCUCAAAUUACUCAAUCUCAUCUUACACAUUUCCCUCUUUACAUUGCCACAUGUGGCCCAAAGCCCUUCUCUUGCCACAUGUGUGCUCAAACCUUCCUUUGAAACAGCAGCUGGCACACUCUCGACACCCUUGUGCACCCAAGUCUCCUCUCUCUCUCUCUUUUACACACACACCUGUUAGAGCUCCCUCUCUCACACUCACCUUCCACCCUUUUACUGUGUUUCAAACUGAAGAAGGCCAAAAAAAAAGCAAAGCAAACAAAAAGUAUGGACAGAAUGAAAAUGAUGAACCCAAGGAGACAAAACUUAGGGGAGGGUGGGGGGCAAAGAUAAGAAACUGAGUCCCCCCUCCCCAUCCCCCACCCCUCCCAGAGCAUGCGCUGCCCAUUGUGUAUAAAAAUGACCAUCAAGGAUGGAUGGACAGACUCCCGAACUGUUGAUGGAUUUGAACGACUUGAACAGCAACCAAACAGGGAAAGAAAAAGGCAUUGCUUUCUUCUUUCCCACCACUUCUUUUUUCCUCUCUCUCCUCCUCCUCCUCCUCCUCCUCCCCAGUUGGGUCUUUACCUGCCCCGGGGAACCAAAUAAAACCGACAACCUCGCUGUCUUUUUCCUCCUGAUAGACGUGACUUCCGUCUCUGUGCGGGAAACGACACAAAACCUACUCCAAUGGCUUUAAAAAAAAACCUGAAAACCAGAAGGAUCCUCCCGUCAUGCACACACAGCCAUGCGUCGUGUGCCGACGUCCUUGCAAAAAAGAAAAAAGAAAGAAAAAAAGAAAAAAACCACAAAAAACCCUCUUUAUGAAUCCAAAGCUCUUAAAAAACUUCUAUACAAUAACCAAAAAAAUAUGAAAACCAACAGUGAGAGAGAGACUACCCACCAACAAAAAAGGAAUAAUAAAAAGCAAACUGGAAAUAAUUUUUUUAAAAGAAAAAAGACAUAAGAUGAUGAAGAAGAAAAAAGUCAACCCUUUACAUUUCCCCUUCCUCUUUGUGUCAGUUCUUUUUGGGGUUCCUUUUCCUGUUCUUUUCAUUCCUUCCCAUUACGUGUUUUGAUGCCCUCCCAAACCAACCAAGAUGGACAUGAAUUUUAAGAAGUUGAUGAAAGUGGAAACCUGUGGGGUAGAAAAAGGGGUUAAAGAAAAAGCCGCACUUAAAUAACCAAACGAACUACAUAUGGGGUGUUAAAGAGGGAUGGGGUUCUUCAGCGGCUCGCCCUCUGGACCACCCUGUUUUCCUCAGAACCCCCUUCUCCCCACAACUUUACACCCCAAAUGGGGAGAAGGGAAAAUGUCUUUCUGUUGUGUAUUUAAAGGGGGGGAUGGGGAACAAUAAAAAAGAAAUAAAAAUUAUAUUAAAGAGAUGAUCUGGAAAAAAA